UGAUUUAUAAAUCGUCUAAGCUCCGGCCCGUACGCGACGCGUCAGCCGGUGAUAGUUCACGCUUUCGUUGUUACGUAAGCGUUUCAUCGGCUGUGGACUUCCUAAAUCGUUGAGUUGUGCCUUUUCCCCUCAACAUGGAUUCAACUAAAGACCCAGAGAAGACAUGUGUCUUGUGUUGUCAAGACGUCGAAAUCUUCGCUUUGGGAAAAUGUGAUCACCCGGUUUGCUAUCGUUGCUCCACGAAGAUGAGAGUGCUAUGCGACCAGAAAUACUGCGCUGUGUGCCGGGAGGAGCUCGACAAGGUGGUGUUUGUGAAAAAACUGGAGACUUUUCAGUCUCUACCUUAUCAGAAUUUCCGAUGUGAGAAGAGACAUGACAUUUAUUUUGGGGAUGAGAAGAUAUAUUCACAGUUCAGGCGUCUGAUGUUGUCAGAAUGCCCCCGCUGUCCUGAGGCCAAGAUCUUCUGUACGUUUGAAGAUCUGGAGCAGCACAUGAGGAAGCAGCAUGAGCUGUUUUGCUGCAAACUCUGCACAAAACACCUUAAGAUCUUUUCCCACGAGCGGAAGUGGUACAAUCGCAAGGAGCUCGCUCGCCACAGAGCUCACGGCGACCCAGACGACACCAGCCACCGAGGACACCCGCUCUGCAAGUUCUGUGACGACCGUUACCUCGAUAACGACGAGCUGCUGAAGCAUCUGCGCAGGGACCAUUAUUUCUGCCAUUUCUGUGAUGCAGACGGUUCUCAGGAAUAUUACAGUGACUAUCAGUAUCUGAGCGAACACUUCCGAGAGAGUCACUAUCUGUGUGAGGAAGGUCGCUGCGCCACAGAACAGUUUACCCACGCAUUCCGCUCUGAGAUCGACUACAAGGCCCACAAGGCCGCAGCGCACAGCAAGAACAGAGCAGAGGCGCGACAGAACCGCCAAAUCGAGCUGCAGUUCAACUAUGCCCCGAGACAACAAAGGAGGAAUGAAGGUAUGGUGACAGGCGAGGACUAUGAGGAAAUGCGGCAGCAUCGUGGAGGAAGAGGAAGGCCGCCAGGAGGACAGAAGAGCUGGAGGUACUCCAGAGAAAGGGAAGAGGAGGACAGGCAGGUGGAGGCAGCUCUGAGAGCCUCCAUGGCGAUGCGAAGGCAGGCGGAGAGAGCUGCAGUGCAGGAGAGGAGCACUCCCAAACACAGCAGGGAGGAGCGGACCGACAGAACAGAACCAGAAGAGCCCAAAAACAACACUGCACACAACAAGACGGUUAACAGACCUCCAGUGAAAACAUUGAAAAGCUCCAAUCCAGGUGAUGAAGACGAGUUUCCAGCUUUAGGAGCUACAGCAUUAAUCCCCAGUGUGAAGCCUGCUCCUGUAGGAGGUGCUGCAGCCCUGAAGGAGGAGGAGUUCCCCAGUCUCUCUGCUGCUGCUGCUGCUGUCACAACCCCGAUGACCCCCGCCUACUGCGCCCAGCCCAGGAAGACUUCCUCUUUCCAAGAGGAGGAUUUUCCUGCUCUUAUUCCCAAAGUCCGACCCCGCAAACCUGCAGCAAACACAACUUCUGCGUGGUCCAGCCAUACAGCCGUAGCUCCACCCGUCUCUCAUCCUCCGCCUGCCUCCAGACCCGCGCCCCCCGUCUCAUCAGCACCGUCCGGCCCUCAGCUCCUCUCUUCAUCAAGCUCUGUAUCGUCACGCAAGAAAAAGAAAGUCGGCGAGAACAUGAAAGCGGUGCCUCGCCAUUCUCCUUCUCUCUCUGACGAUGAGAGCGGCGGGAUGACGCAGCAGGAGUUCCGCUCGGUGCCCACUAUGUUGGAUAUCUCCUCGCUCCUCACCGUCAAAACCGACAGCAACAAGUCUUCGACUGUCCCCGCCCCCCUUUCAAACACCACUCCCAGCGCAGACUCCCCUGCACCCAAAAACAGCAAGAAGAAAAAGCAGAAGAACGCAGCAGCUGCCUCCACGUCUGCGUCCACAGCUCCAGGCGUGACCACUGCCGUAAAUCCGAUCUCCGUGGAGACGACCGCGCAGAAGGAAAACGUCCCAGAGAAAACCCGGAACAAGCCCAACUCCAGCGCUACAGCCCCGGCAGAGAUGAACAGAUUAGCAAAUGGAUAUCCUGAUCCGCCUCAGAGUGUCGGCAAAGACCCCCCACUGCUAAUCCCAGUCUCCAGCACAGAACCCCCCCCAGACCAGGAGGAGGAAUUCCCAGCUCUGAUGACGAAGAAACCACCUCCAGGUUUCAGGACCUCCUUCCCAUUAACGGCCUCCGCACCUCCCUCAGCCUCCCCAAUGCCCCCACCUCCACCUGGUUUGGCAGUCGCUGCCCCAAAGCCGCCUCCAGGCUUCACGGGAAUCCCCCUCAACAGCAACGUGGUGGAUGUCACACCUCCUGCAGUUAACGGCCCGCCCAAGGUGUUGAGCAGCGGUUACCUGGUCCCAGGUGACUUCCAGCAGAGGAACCUGGAGCUCAUCCAGUCCAUUAAGAAAUACCUCAACAACGACGAGUCCCAAUUCAACCAGUUCAAGAACUUCUCGGCUCAGUUCAGACAGAGCGUGAUCUCGGCGGCGCAGUACCACCGCAGCUGUAAGGACCUGCUCGGAGACAACUUCAACCGCAUCUUCAACGAGCUGCUGGUGCUGCUGCCUGACACCACCAAGCAGCAGGAGCUGCUGACGGCCCACGCAGACUGCAGGGCUGUGGAGAGGCAGGCGGGCGGGGGGAGGAAAAACAGGAACAGGAACAAUGCCUGGCAGACGGCCCCUUCUGCGGCUAACACCGCGGUGGAUCUGGACUGCCAGGUUUGCCCCACUUGCAGACAGGUACUCGCCCCCAAAGACUUCAACUCCCAUAAGACCCUGCACAUCACAGAAAACGAGGAAUUCCCCUCUCUGCAGUCAAUUAGUCGCAUCAUCAGCUAGCCCCACCCUCUCCUAUACUGACCCCAGCACUUCUGCUAAAGCCCCUGGGGGGCAACAGUUCGUUCCAGCCAAAUCCCAAAGAAGUUCGAGGUCUGUCUCAAGAUGAAAGCAGCCGGUUUGGGGUGUUAGUCCUCAACAGAUUGGUGUGUGUGGUUUACAGGUGGGUGGCUCCAGCGUUUCUCAUCUCCUGAGGAGGCAUCAGGCUGGCUCUCCUCCUCCAACACUUUGCUCCUUAACUGAAACCAUCUUACUUUGCUUCUACAUUAGUUGACACAUCUGCAUUUGACAAAGGUGCAUGUGUUGUGGUGCUGCUUCAGUUGAAACCCAUCGGCAUUUCAAAUGCUCUGCGUGAUCUUCACUUCUUUUCUUCUGGCGUGGCUGUAUCCAGAGGAAGGCCCGCGUUCUCUGAGCAGGCAGACUCUUAGCGGAUGAGGCGGACACGAAGCUGUUUGGAAAUCAGAACAAAUAGCAGUUUCAUACUUGAAAUUUACGUCUAAUCUUCUCCUUUUGUUCAAAUUAAACACCAGUAAUUUUUUUCUUUGAUGGAAAGGUUCAUCGGGGCUGCUGCACUGCACAUUUCAAUGAAAAGUAAAAUAAAAAAGAUAUGAAAUACAGA